AUGGAGAACAACUCCAACAACCCCUCCCGCAACCCAGCCUACAGUUACAUCUACACCAGUCCAAUGGGCAUUCCAACCCACCAAAACCAUCCAUUCCGAGGCCACCUCCUCGACAUUGACGAGUCAAGCGGAAUCGUGCAGCAGAACGGCGACUUCAACAACAGCAAUUGCGACGGCUCGCCCGGCGAAAUUCCCGUUCCAGCGCCUCCAGCCCCUCCUGAGUGCCGCUUUCCCGGCACGCGCAACCGGUAUAACACGCCGGACGGCAAGGUGUACUAUACGUGCAAGGACUGUGGAGCGGAGGAGGGUUUUGAGGCGAACCAGCAGUUGAGAUGUGAUAACUGUGGGGGAAGGAUUAUGAUGAAACAGAGGAAAAGGAAGGUUAUGCAGUAUCACGCGAUAUGA